AUGGCCCUCACCAUCAUCGUCAACCUUUGCCUCAGCUCAACAGCACAGUUUCCUCCACCUUCUCUGGACACCAAACCACCAUCACCACCACCACUUCCCUCUCUACCCGCAACCAUGGCAUCACCACCACUUCCCGCUCUUCCCACAACCAUGGCACCACCAUCACAACCAGCUCCCUCUCCACCCAUCACCACCAUACAACCACCGCCACCAAUUCCCUCUAUACCCACCACCAUCAUACAACCACCACCACCAAUUCUCUCUAUACCCACCACCAUCAUACAACCACCACCAGCAAUUCCCUCUGUACCCACCACCAUCAUACCACCACUUCCCCCUCUACCCACCAUAGCAUCACCACCAUCUCCUCCGCCUACAAUCUCAUCAACAUCACCAGCCCCUUUGCCCACAACCGCACCCUCUCCUCCGCCUACAAUCUCAUCAACAUCACCAGCCCCUUUGCCCACAACCGCACCAACCUCUCCACCCAACACCACAGCACCACCACCUCCCCCACCCACCACCACAUCGCCACCGCCGCCGCCGCCACCGCCACCACCGGAGGUAUCAGACCCGCAAGAUGAUCAAUUCAACAACAUAAUCGACGCUCUAAUGGGCGCAGGAGACUUUGGCGCUUGGGCCGGCAUCCUCUCCGCCGCCGAUCUAUCAGGCUUCCCACUCGCGGCCACCCUCUUCAUCCCCAGCAACGAUGCAAUCUCCCACUUCCCCACCGCCACCACCGCCACCCUAAACUUCGACCCAUUCAUCAUCCCUUACCACAUUAUCCCCCAACGCCUCUCUUUCUCUGACCUCCAACGAUUCAAGAUCCAUACUCGCCUCCCAACUCUAUUGCACUCCAAGACUAUUCUCAUCACCAACAACUCUCCCUUCAACUUCACCAUCAACGACUCUCCCAUCACCCACCCCGACCUCUACGCCACCACCACCGUCUCCGUCCACGGCAUCAAAAUCAUCCUCGAUUACUCCGCCUACGGCGGCGACGGCCUUUUUGUACCGGAAGAGGACCCAAGUAUGCCGAUGCCCACGCCACCCCAAGCAACGGCGCCGCCAUUUUUUCAGGCAGGAGAAAUUAUGGGUCGCCGGAGAUCGGAUGCCGCAUGCUUAUGCUCUGAGUUUCCGAUUGUUUUAUCGGUUGUUUGUGCGGCCUUGGCGUUCAAGAUUCACAGAAACCCUCUGUCUCGUUGA